GGGGCGCUGCAGGCUGCAUCUGCCCGCACAAGUAGAAUCCAUGGCGGCGGCGAUCCCCAUUCUUCUCCUCACCUUCCUCCUCGCGGCGGCAACGCCAUCGGCCGGGCCUUCAUACGUCAUCAAGACGACGUGCGCAGCGGUGACCAAUGCCACCGUGGGUACGCCCUACAGAUACUGCCUCCGCACGCUCUCGGCCAACCCCGCGGCCGCCGCCGCCAAGGACGCCCGCGGGCUUGCCAUCGCGGCGACCAACCUCACCGCCACCAACGUCACGUCGACGGAGCUAACCAUCACCAGGCUAAUCGACGCCCUCUACAACUGCCUCGUCACCUACCAAAGCAUGCAAGAAUCAAUCGCCGGGGCGCUCCAAGACUUGAACGCCGGCCGCUUUGACGUGGCGUCGCCCAAGCUCAGGGACGCUUCGUUUCAGCCGGACUUCUGUGAACUGGCGAUGAUGGAAAGCGACACCGACAAGGACCCCAUGUCGGACGAGAAUAGUGCAAACUAUUUGGUGUCCGGCAUGGCGUAUAACAUCGCUGAACUCAUCGCCCGCCAUGCCGCCAAAUGAAGAAUUAAUGCCGCACGCUGGCAGUAGUUGAUUCUUGUCUUCCUUAAUAAUCCUUAUUAUUAGGUAGUACUACUCACGUUAAUCAUGUCUUGCGUUAACCAAGUUAAUAUUUCACCAUUUUACUUUGUCA